GUAUGGACCCAUUUCUAGAGCUGGCAUAGAACCCUUAAUUGACAGACUGUUCAAGCCCAGUACUCCAAGAAAAUCGAAUCCACUUCAUAUAUUAAUUCCCCCCUUUCUUAUUUUCUCUUCAAAUCAUUUGCUGUUUUGCAAAGCUUCCAUUUUAUUUAUUUUUUUCUGUAUUGGUUUUCAAGAAAAUCUUGUUUAAUUUCUUGAAAUCGUAAUAAUGGCUGAAGAAACCAAGAAAUUGACUACUGAAGAGGUGGUGGUGUCUGAUGUUUGUGUGACGGAGACACCCACGAUCGCCGUUGUAGAGAAGGAAGCGCCACCGCACCCGGAACCUGAGGCAAAGAAGGUUGAGAAGCCGGCUUCGGAAGAGGUGGUGGAAGGUGAGAAAGAGGCUACGACGGUUGAAGAUGAGAAGAUAGCUGAAUCGGCUUCGUUUACGGAGGAGAGCAAUAAGGUUGAUGAUCUUAUUGAUCCACAAAAGAAAGCCUUGGAUGAAUUCAAGCAGUUGAUUCAAGAGGCACUCAACAAGCACGAAUUCACUACUCCGUCACCUCCGCCGCUGGCCAAGGAGGAGGAGAAGAAACUGGAGGAGAAAAAGGAGGAGGAGAAGAAACCGGAUGAGAAGAAGGAGGAGGAGAAGAAACCGGGUGAGAAAAAGGAGGAAUCAAAACCUGAAGAGAAGAAAGAAGAAGAAGAAUCAAAGCCUGAAGUGAAAAAAGAAGAAACUUGUGAGGAGGCUCCAGCUGAAGUUCCACCACCAGUCGAACCCAUUAAAGAAGAGGCUCCAGUGGAGAAAAAGGAAGAAGAGAAACAUGCCCCAUCGCCGGCGGCGGAGCCACUAGCCCCCGUUGUUGAGAAAAUUCAAGAAAAAAUAGAAGCCUUGGAAGAAAUCAAAGAAACUAUAGUUCAUGAAGUCACUCCGCCAGCCCCACCACCACCAGUCACCGAAGAGUGCCCACCAGCCCCGAAGGUCGAGGAAAAAACACCACCACCACCGGAGGAGGUUAAAAUCUGGGGAAUUCCACUUCUGGAGGAUGAAAAAACCGAUGUAAUUCUUCUCAAAUUCUUGAGGGCGAGGGAUUUCAAGGUCAAAGAUGCCUUCUCCAUGCUCAAAAACGUCAUCGCCUGGAGAAAAGAUUUCAAAAUAGACGAACUACUUGAAGAAGAAGGAAUCGGAGAAGGGCUCGAAAAAUUUGCCUAUCUCCACGGAGUAGACAGGGAAGGACACCCCGUAUGUUACAACGCAUUUGGGGAGUUCCAGGACAAAGAACUGUACAAUAAAACAUUUGCUGAUGCCCAAAAAAGGACGAAAUUCUUGAAAUGGAGGAUUCAUUUCUUGGAAAAAAGCAUUAGGAAUCUCGAUUUUAAUCCUGAUGGUAUAUGCACCACUGUUCAGGUUAAUGAUCUCAAGAAUUCGCCGGGACUUAUCUUGUUCAAGAAAGAACUACGCCAGGCUACGAAUCAGGCUCUCCAAUUGCUCCAGGAUAAUUAUCCUGAAUUUGUUGCUAAACAAGUGUUCAUCAAUGUUCCAUGGUGGUACGUAGCUUACAAUCGGAUGAUCAGUCCAUUUUUUACUGCAAGGACCAAGAGCAAGUUUGUAUUUGCAGGCCCUACCAAGACUGCUGAGACCCUCUUAAAAUACAUAGCACCUGAGCAAGUGCCGGUUCAAUACGGUGGCCUUAGCCGUGAGGGUGAACAUGAAUUCACCAUUGCUGAUCCUGCAACAGAGACCAGUAUUAAGCCAGCAGCAAAAUACACCGUUGAAUUUCCAAUCUCUGAGGCAUGCACAUUGGUUUGGGAGGCGAGAGUGGUGGGCUGGGAUGUCUCUUAUGGUGCUGAGUUUGUUCCUAGUGCCGAGGGUGGAUAUACUUGGAUUAUUCAGAAGUCGAGGAAGAUUGGACCAGCCGAUGAACCCAUAAGUGGCUGUAGCUUCAAAAUUGGUGAACCCGGGAAGGUUGUCCUUACUUUCGACAACCAAACUUCAAAGAGGAAGAAGCUUCUCUACAGGUCCAAGACCAAGCCCUCUGACUGAGAAUUAUGAAUAUAAUGUGAUAAGAAGGGUUUGUUUUGUUCAUUUUUCACAUUCAUUUUUUGUGAUUUUUAUUAAACUUAGUUGUGAGUUAAAAGGUUUGGGGGUAACUAUUGUUUGAUAUUUGUUGUUUUUAAUGAAAAAAUUGUCGUUGGGUUGUUGAAUUAUCUUGUGAAACUAUUUGGGAAUGCGAAAACUAUGGAUAAGAUAUAGAAAUAUGUACAUCGGGGUCGAAUGUGGAAUGAACAUAUUUUUAAAUGGAAUGUGAACACACACUUUUGUUCAUACUUUGAUGC